AUUUUUGAGAGAGGGUUGGAGUGCAGACUUUCUGGACAGCCUUGACAAAAUUUCAGUUUUCCGGAGAUCCGACCGUUGGAUCGUUCUGAAAUUUUCACAGCUGGUUCACAACACAUAGCACUACAUCUUGACCGUUCAGAUCGUCAAUCGGAGUUCUUGAUCGUCUGUUAUUGCUGCUGGCGUAACCUGCGUUUUUCUUGGUGAUAUUUCCCAAUUUCUCUUCUCUUUUGUGUUGGCUCUUAUGUAUGUUGUUGUUGGUGGGCUGUGACAUCCUUGUAGACUGAGUUGGGUGUUUUUACCCUCAAUUUGCAUAAUAAGAGAAGAAGAAGGGUGGACUCCUUCAAGUCCCGUGGUUUUUAUCCUUCAUACCGAAGGGGUUUUCCACGUAUAAAUCUUGUGUGUCACUUGCGUAUUUAUAAUUCAUAUUUGCUUGUGAUUCAAUUGAUGUGUUGCUGAUUUGAGCUUGGUUAAUAUAGUGGUGAAUUUCUUUUGGUAAAUUGGUGAAGUAUAUUUGGUUGAUUGUCUUGAAGUCGAUCCUUGUAGGUGUUGUAUCCUACUUGUGUUGUUUUGUGCCUCCCCCUACAUAUAUUUGGACCAAUUCAACCUGCAUGUGGACCCUUUAAAUAUUAUAUGGUCUUGAUAGAUGCUUCAACAAGAUGGUCACAUGUGUGUUUAUUAUCAACUCGCAACAUGACUUUUGCGAGAUUGUUGGCUCAAAUGAUAAUAUUGAAAGCACAAUUUUCAGACUAUACAAUAAAGACAGUUCGUCUAGAUAAUGCUGGUGAGUUUACAUCUCGGGCAUUUAAUGAUUAUUGUAUGACUACUGGUAUACCAAUUGAACAUCCAGUUGCACAUGUUCACACUCAGAACCGUCUAGAAGAAUCAUUGAUAAAACGUCUGCAAUUGAUAGCUAGACCAUUACUAAUGAGAACAAAGUUAUCUGUGUCUAUGUGGGUCAUGUUAUUUUGCAUGCAGCAGCACUUAUGCGCAUAAGGCCGACCAAUUAUCAUGAAUUCUCCCCAUUACAAUUGGCUUUUGGUCAAGAGCCAAACAUUUCUCAUCUUAGAAUUUUUGGAUGUGUGGUGUGUAUCCCAAUUGCUCCACCACAACGCACAAAGAUGGGGCCCCAAAGAAGGUUGGGGAUAUAUGUUGGGUAUGAAUUUCUUUCAAUCAUAAAAUAUUUGGAGCCUAUGACUGGAGAUUUAUUUAAGGCAAGAUUUGCUGGUUGUCAUUUUGAUGAAUCAGUAUACCCAACAUUAGAGGAGAACAUAAGCAGUUGGGAAAAGAGAUAGAUUGAAAUUUAUCAUCUCUAUCUCCUCUAGAUCCUCGAACAAAUCAAUGUGAGCAAGAAGAUCAAAGAAUAAUAUAGUUACAGAAUAUUGUGAAUUAGUUGCCAGAUGUUUUUACUAAUCUUCCAAGAAUUACUAAAUCGCAUAUUCCAGCUGCUAAUGCUUCAGUUCGAGUUGAUAUCCCGACUAAAUAAAUAAUUAAGGCAAAUGAGUCUAGCCACAUCUGAAACGUGGUAGACCAAUUGGUUCCAAGGGUAAAAAUCCUCGAAAGAGAAAAGGAAUAAAUGAUCAAGGUGAUCAUGGGUUGAAAGAAAUUUCUCAAGAUGAGACCCAAGUCAUAACACUUGAUGAAAUAUCCGAGGAGGUUCAAAAUUCUGAAAAUAAUGAAACUUCAUUGAAUUAUGUCUCGUCGAGAAAGUUGUGAAACCAAAAUAAUGUUGUCAUUAACAACAUAUUUGCCUAUAAUGUUGCUAUUGAUAUUAUGCAACAAGAUGAAGAUUUUGAGCCAAAAUCUGUUCACAAAUGUAGACAGAGAAAUGAUUGGCCAAAAUAGAAGAAUGCAAUUCAAGCAGAAUUGACUUCACUAGAAAAACGUGAAGUUUUCGAAUCAAUAAUCUGAACACCUGAAGGUAUCAAACUAGUGGUAUACAAAUGGAUUUUUGUUCGAAAAAGAUAUGAGAAAGGUGAAGUCGUAAGAUAUAAAGCCCGACUUGUUACUCAAGGUUUUUCUCAAAAAACUGGCAUUGAUUAUAUGGAGACAUAUUUUCCUGUGGUAGAUGCAAUCACCUUCAAAUAUAUCAUAAAUUUUGCAGCUCAUGAAAAACUUGAAAUGCGUCUAAUGGACGUUGUCAUAGCCUAUCUAUAUGGCUCGUUGAACCACGAUAUUUUCAUGAAAUUUUUUGAAGCAUUCAAAAUACCUGAAGCAUACAAAGAUUCAAGAGAAACUUGUUCAAUAAAGCUUCAGAAAUCAUUGUAUGGAUUGAAACAGUCUGGGAGGAUGUGGUACAAUUGUUUGAGUAAAUAUUUGUUAACAAAAGGGUACAAAAAUGACCUGAUUUGUCCCUGCAUUUUUAUUAAACGCUCAAAAUCUGAAUUUGUUAUAAUAGCUGUGUAUGUUGAUGAUUUGAACAUCAUUGGCACUCGUAAAGAGCUUUUAGAAGUUGUUGAGUGUCUGAAAAGAGAAUUUGAAAUUAAAGAUCUCGGCAAGACAAAUUUUUGUGUUGGCCUACAGAUUGAGAAUUUGUCAAAUGGAAUACUUGUUCAUCAAUCAACGUACACAGAAAAGAUAUUAAAGAGUUUUUACAUGGAUAACUCACAUCCAUUGAGUACUCAAUGGUGGUAAGAUCUCUUGACAUCAAUACAGAUCCAUUUCGACCUCAACAGCAGGAUGAAGAGAUUUUUGGUGAUGAAACUCCUUGCCUUAGUGCAGUCGGGGCACUAAUGUACCUUGCUAACAAUACUCGGCAGAUAUCUUUUUUGCAGAAAGUCUACUGGCAAAAUUCAGUUCCUCCCUAACAAGAAGACAUUGGAAUGGUGUUAAACACGUACUUUGACAUCUUCUGAGGACCAUGGACAUGGGUUUAUUCUAUUCCAAUGAAUCCAAGUCAGAACUGAUUGAUUACGCAAAUGCAGGGUAUUUAUCUUAUCCGCAUAAAGCUCAACCACAAACAAGCUAUUUGUUUACAUAUAGAGACACGACAAUAUCUUGGCGAUCAUUGAAGCAAACAUUGGUAGCCACUUCUUCAAAUCAUGCAGAAAUAAUAGCCAUCCAAGAAGCAAGUCGAGAGUGCGUCUGGUUGAGAUCAAUGACCUAUCAUAUUCAGGAAAUGUGUGGUUUUUCUUUGAAAAAGAAUAUAUCAAUCACAAUGUACGAAGAUAAUGUUGCAUGUAUAGCUCAAUUGAAAGGAGGAUACAUCAAAGGAGACUGAACAAAACAUAUUUCACCAAAGUUCUUUUUCACGCAUGAUCUUCAACAAAAUGGUGAGAUAGAAGUUCAACAAAUUUGUUCAAGUGAUAAUCAUGCUGAUUUAUUCACUAAGGCAUUGCCAACAUCAACGUUUGAGAAGUUGAGAUACAAGAUUAGAAUGCGCCGUCUCCGAGAUAUCAAGUGCAAUUUUCAUCAGGGUUGAUUUUAGGUACUACACAGCUCAGGUUGCAACAUCUUUAAGACCUUGUAAUUACAGUGACGAUGAAGUUUGCCCUGUUGUUGAUUGGGACAAGCUUGGAUUCGGGUUUAUACCAACUGAUUAUAUGUACAUAACGAAAAGUUGUGAUGUUGCUGGAAAUUUCGAACAAGGCCAACUUAAUGGCUAUGACAAUAUUCAACUCAGUCCAUCUGCUGGUGUCUUAAACUAUGGACAAGGUUUGUUUGAAGGAACAAAAGCUUAUAGACAAGAUAAUGGAGGCCUCUCUCUAUUCCGUCCUCGUGAAAAUGCCAUUAGAAUGCAGAUUGGAGCUGAAAGAAUGUGUAUGCCCUACCCUUCCACAGAUCAAUUUGUGGAUGCUGUCAAACAAACCGCUCUAGCUAAUAAGCGAUGGAUUCCGCCUCCUGGAAAAGGUUCACUUUAUAUUAGGCCUCUGCUUUAUGGAAGUGGAUCGAUACUCGGAUUAGCUCCAGCACCUGAGUACACUUUCCUUGUCUAUGCUUGCCCUGUUGGAAACUAUUUCAAGGAAGGAACAACACCAUUGAACUUGUAUGUCGAUGAAGAAUUUCAUCGUGCCUCACGUGGUGGAGCUGGUGGAGUCAAAAGCAUUACUAACUAUGCCCCGGUUUUACGCGCCAUAAGGAAUGCAAGGGAGAGAGGAUUCUCGGAUGUACUGUACCUUGAUUCUGUAAAUAAGAAGUACAUUGAAGAAGUCUCGUCCUGCAAUAUUUUUCUAGUGAAGGGAAAGGUGAUUUCCACUCCAAUAGCAUGUGGAACAAUUCUUGAAGGAGUGACGAGAAAAAGCAUUAUGGAAAUUGCAAUUGAUCUUGGAUAUCAGGUUGAAGAACGUUUAAUCGAAGCUGAUGAAUUGAUCAGUGCAGAUGAAGUGUUCUGCACCGGAACAGCAGUUGGUGUUGCUCCUGUAGGUAGUAUCACUUAUAAAGGCCAAAGGAUCGAGUAUAAAAUAAGGUCAGUGUUAGUAUGCAAGAAACUUUACUCGACACUUGUAGGGAUACAAAAAGGGCAUAUUGAGGACAAGAGGGAUUGGAUUGUUGACAUUGAAUAAUUCUAGCUUCUUCUUUCAUGGAGUAUUAAAUAUGCAAUGUACUAAUCAUGUGUAAAUUGUGAAACAGUAGUACAGAAAUUUAUCAUUGUUUGGGUAAAACUAUUGUCUGUCAACAAAUCUGUAUAUAAUUCACAAUCGAUCUUCCAAUGCAUUUUAAGUAUAUAUUGA